GGUACCAACGCGUCUUUAUUACCCAGCUGAAGCAAGACCCACGUGGAUGCUGCUUACCUGUCCUGCCUGCCUCCGCCCCCUCUUGCUCACCUGUACCAAUUAUGACCUCUUACCUGCCCUGCCAUGAAGGUGUCAGCGUGGAUGCUUACCUGCCCCCUGCCUCCUUACCUGCCCUGCCAUUAAUAAGUACAGAAUGCUGCCUAGACUCACAUCUUGGCUCUGACACCUGGGCCGGACCAUUGCAGUGAAGACCAUCACCUGCUGGGCUUCCCCCUUCAUGAAUCUGCUCAGGCACUCAAAAUCCUACAACUUCCUCUAUGGCUUCAUGACUCUGAUUCCCCACAAGCCUAGAAGAAUCUGUCACAACCAUCUGAAUAGUAAACAUGACUUCUCUGUGUGUAAGAUGAAAGCAUUGGGCGAUAAAGUGUCAUUCAGUGGCUGGGCGCUCCCUCCAGCCAGACAGCCGUGUAGGAUGGCAGCCACAAAGGUGAUCAUCGACACUGACCCCGGGACUGACGAUGCACUGGCCCUCUUCAUGGCCCUGGAGGCACACCGACGGGGGUGCGUGCAGGUCCUGGCCAUUACCACCGUCCACGGCAACACCUCCAUAGAGAAUGCCAACAACAAUGUCUUAAGAAUCCUGCGCUUGACAGAUUCGCUGGAUAUCCCCGUGUAUAGUGGUGCAGCGCGUCCCUUGGUGCACCUGUAUAUCAGAGACGAGGAACCCUUCCAUGGCCAGGAUGGUUUCGGGGAUGCUGACCUGCCCCCUCAGCCCCCGGCCGCCUCACUGCUGCAGCCCCAACAUGCUGUCACGGCUCUUCUUGACCUGGCCUCGCGGCACUCAGGUGAGGUUGUGUUGAUGGGGCUGGGACCUCUGACGAACCUCGCUCUGGCCAUGCGCCUCGACCCUGCCUUCACUUCACACUUGGCAGGACUCUACAUCAUGGGCGGCAACUCCAGUGGCGUCGGCAACAUCACACCGUUUGCCGAGUUUAAUUUCUACUGUGAUACGGAUGCAGCUUUCAUCGUGCUGGAGGAGGCCGGCAUACCCAUCCGCCUCACGCCCUUUGAGAUCUGCUUGAAGGACGGUGCAAUCCCUUAUUCAGUGCGCCAGGAGCUGGGGCGGACCAAAACGGCUGCUGCAGACCUCAUGAACAAGAUUGAGGUCGGCAUCUUGAAGCAGAAGGAGUAUGCAAGCUGGGUGACCUGCGACCAGAUGGCGAUGGCUUGGUUCAUUGACGAGGCCAAGAAUAAGAGGCUGGAGGGUGAAGGCAGAAAGGAAAACGGUCUUGAGGCUGCUGGCGGUUUUCUUGAGGAGCGAGGGAAGCCACUGGUCACCCUCACAAAGUCUUGCUACGCUACUGUGAACACCAAGAGCGAGUUGACGGAUGGCCGGAUGAUGCUGGCUCCAGAGAGGGGGCAGAUGGUAGUGGAUCAUGAGGACAGACUCGGCCUCAAACAUAACGUGGUCCUGUUGGAGGGGGUGGACACUUCCGUCUAUAUGAAGUACCUAAAAAUGGCCUUUGGAGCCGACGUCUGAAGCUAAGAAGUAUUGGGAGCCGUGGACUAGGGGAAGAAGUGCCAAUGGAUGAUGCAAGGAGGAAUACUGCAGUGUGUCCCUUGGCAACAGACUCGGAAGACGACACAGGCAGCUGGGAAACAAGAUUGCGAAACUAGUGUAUUUGGGGAACAUCUCAGUGAGCACAUGGACGUACCAGAGACAUUACUACCAUUGCUGUUGAACCCAAAGGAAACAAUGAAUAAUCUGAGGACAGUAAAAGAUGUGAUAAAUGUAAGAGAAAUGCCACACUACCACAGGACGAGGCAGGAUGGCCCACACUCCCUCACUCUGCCCACUAGAGGAGUAAGGUGCUGCAGCGUCAGAGGUCCAAGGGUGAGAAGGAUGGGCGCUAUCGGAGGACUGAGGGACGGUGAGGCACUCAGUCCUUCCCUUCCUUGUCGGAGUGCACGGACCAGCCAUACACAACGCGGUCGAACCCGGCAGUGAAGAGGUUGCAGCGGGCACCCAGCGAGUCCUCCCCCCAGGCCACACUGCACACCAUCCGUCGGUGACACUGGUGGAGGGACGUUUGGAUUACUGGUAUGGUGGAAAUAGUUAUUUUUUUUGCCAGUACGAGACAUGGGGUAUAUGCACCAGUAUCUCUGAUCAAGCACCAGAACAGGCGGUCCACUUUAUCUGCAGGUUUGGCAAAAAACAGACAAUUUUUGCAGUCAGUCUGUUUCUCUGUGAUCACGCCUCGUCUUUGUGGGCAGGGCUUGGCCUUGUAAACACAUCACCUCAAGCUGGGUUACCAAUUAAUUUAUUCUAACUAUAUUUUCACCAAACGACGAGCAUAGCACAGUUAGUAAAGGCACUUAUUCCCAGAACCAAUGAACUGCAGAUAACAAGUUUAGUUUUUUUACCUUUCUUGGGUUAGUGAAAUGUAAACCUUCCGGUACUUUUAUCUCUGAAAAUGUGAGCUUCCUUGUAUACUUAUUUCUAUGAGGAUUUAUAAUAAAGUGAUGUAUUUAUAGACAUGCUAAUGGAAAUAUUUAUGUAAUCAUUGUGUUGGAAUACUAUCUUUAGCUUAAUAUAUAGUACUGGGAGGUGUGUGAUGAGGGGGUAUGUAUGUAUGUAAGGGUUGCUGAAGUGAUUGUGUAAGGGUACAUGGGUGGAGUAUACUGUAGUGGUAUCUGUUAUGGGUUACUACUGAACACCAGAGCCAGUGAAUUCAGGUAUAGAAAGUAAAUCAAUAAAUACCUUUCUAACUAACAA